AUGGAUAAACAUGAUUGGCUGAUUUCUAAAUAUCCCAUCUGCUUUAGAGGUAAAAAAUGGUAUUGGCCUUUAGUCAUCCGUGUUUUAGACAUGUCCCUUGUGAAUGCAUGGAUUAUCUACAACCAGAUAAAUAAAGAUGAGACCAUCCCUCUGCUAGAUUUCAGACGAAGGGUUUGUUUUGCUUGGAUGAAAAAAUCUAAAGGCAAGGCAAGUAAACCGACACCCGGUUCUUCAGAAGUUCUUUUACAACCUGUCAGGUUUGAUAAUGUUGGUCACUAUAUGACAAAGAGAGACAAAAAGAGGCGUUGCGAGGACAAGGUUGUAAGAAAAAACCUCUAA